AUGUCCAAAGACAUCGACAAGUGGGUCAGUCAAUGUGUGGAAUGCCAGAAAAGUGCACUGACAAUUAAGCAGGAGACAAAACCCAUCCCAAUUGAAGUGAGUCAACCAUUUGAAUUGGUUGGGAUGGACCUUAUAGGCAAGGUUGAAUACUCCGAGCACUGGCUUAGUAAAUUUGUCCACAUUGGUAUAGUGGCUGGUAGCUUCUUUCAGUAA